AUGGAAAAUGGAAAAAAAAUAAAUUCACUAACAAAUCUGGCAAGUAAUAUAUAUUGUAUUCAAAUGUAUCAAUGGAAUAAAUAUAUGAAAAAACCGGGCAUUAAACCGAGUAAAAGUUUAAUAGAAGAAAAGUCUGUAAACUAUGCAUACAUGGUUAUAGACACAAUUAUGGAAGUAGCAGAAGAAUUAGGCAGUGAAGACAAAAAACAAGCAUUUUAUGAAUUAAUGGAAAAUAAUCAUAUUAUUAUGGCGGGUGUUUAUAAGAUUAGAAAUGAGUUCUAUAAUUCUGAUAUUAAUGUACUUUGUGAGAAAGCCGGCUUACCAGAGUUAGAUGACAAAAUGACUUCAGAAGAUGCAAUGAUUAAACUGUGUGAGUUAGCAGAAUCUAAAAACUGCUCUAGAUUACAAAAAGCAUUAGAUAUACUAGUGAAACAUGGUGAUGAUCUAAUUAUAGUUGAUAAGGAUGGGAUGGAAUCAAAUGCAAGUAAUUUAGGAUUAAAAAAUGAUGACAUUAAAUCAUUACAGCUGCUUACAAGAAUAGAUACGUGGGGUAUUGGAGAUUUUUCUGAGUUUUUAAUGAGUUCAGUUUAUGGUUCAAUAUAUAAUUUCUACAAUAAUAAUAGAGACAAUAAUAUUUAUUUUUCUCUAUAUAAUUUAUAUGUUACAGUAUUUGAUAUGUCUACAUAUAUAGAUGAAAAUAAGAUAGACAUAGAAGCAUAUAAAAAAGAAAAUAUAAGUAAAAUUAAAGAAUACUUGAAUGAACUGACAACAAUAAAGAGUUUUGGCGUUAUCAAUCCAGUUCCGAAUUCUAAAAUAUAUAGUGAUAUAAAGAACUAUAAUAACUUUAAUGAUGAAAAGUUUAUAAUUAGCUUAAUUCCGUAUUACAUAGCUCCUGUACGCUCUUUUAUUUUAACUAAUAGAAGAUCCAACGGAUUAUUUAAUAUGCAGUCAAUUAGAGAUUUCUUUAAUAGAAAUAACGAAAUUACAGUAUUAUUAAUUUUGGGUGUUUUUGUAUUUGGUGCUAAUAUGUUGACGUAUGUCAAACUAAGACAACCCAUGUAA